AUGGCUUCCAACAGCAAGGAGUGUGAACCAAUAGAGAUGAGAAAUGAUAGUGGCGACGAGAAAUGCUGUCAUAUUACCGACAAAGCCAAGCAGAACAGGAAGGCUAGACUACGCCAGUUCGACACCAACUCCGAAACAGAAGAUAUGGAAGCAACUUCAGGGGUGUAUUGUUUGGAUAGUGACAGCGAAACAAACAGCGCUUUCAACUCUUCUACCCUCGCCUGGUUUGAAGGUAGCCAGAGAGUCGACUCCAACUCCGAAACAAGAGAUCUGGAAACAACUUCAGGGGUGUUUUAUUCCGAUAGUGACGACGAUCUUGGCCCGAAGCAAAAAAGAUUCAAGCGGUGGCACAUCUAUGAACCUAUUGAGGGCCGUGGAGACACCGAAGAGAUAACAGAGCAAGAGUACAAGAGCGACGACAAUGAUGAAUAUGAAGAAGAUGGCUUCGUAGUCUUUGGAGAUAAGGUGGAAGAAGUUAUAUUGUCAGAAUCGGAGGAAGAAGCCAUGACUACCAGCAGUGAGGAAGACUAUAACAGUGACUUCUUUAACAGUAGCAAUGCUCGUGUUUCACAGAAACGGUGCAUAAAACCCAAACAAAACCGCCGUUGUUUUCGUGGUAGAUCGAGGAGUACUAAGGUCGAGCCAUCUCACUCUCCUAAAUCCGAUCCUGAACUGCAGGAGUCCCCAGAAUCUCCAGCAUCGCCCACUGACCGCGGUAUGUACGUAAAUCUCCCCUCCUGCAGCAACUAA